AUGAAGAUUUGCUGCCUGGGAACCCGGCCCUUCGUCAUCCUCUCUCCUGGGGGGGGCUCGCCGCGGCUUCUCCACGUCCUGUGCUGCUUGCUCUCCGUCUCUUCGCUCCUCCGGUCCUCCUCCGCCCUUGUCCAUUUCUGGGGCAGCUCCUUCUCCUUCACCUUCAUCGACGCCCCCGCCCGAUUCGGUAAAGCCCUCUACGUCGAUCCUUCGAUUCCUCUGUUUCUUCUCCCAUUUGGCUUCUGAUUCUCCUCGUCUUACUUCCUCCCGACCUUCUCUCUCUUCCCCACCCCCUCAGCCGCCCCCAUUGAUGGAUCUGGGAUCUGUGGAACGCUACACGUGGCGGACCCCGUCGACGCCUGCUCCCCCCUGGGGAAUGUCACCGCCAUGGAAGGGGAGGCGGGGCAUGUGAGGAUCUCGCUGAUCGUCAGGGGCGCGUGCAGCUUUGAGAAGAAAGUGAGGAACGCCCAGGAUGCCGGUUACAAGGCUUCCAUCGUCUACGACGACCGAGGGAAGAGCAACCUGAUUUCCAGCUGAGUAUCCUCAUCUCUCCGCCCUAUCCGUCCGCCCCAUUUCCAUGUUCUAAUCGCUGACUUUUCAUGUUGUUUUCCUCUCCAAUCAUCCGAUCCUGCCCUCAACAGGGCAGAAAUUCCUCUUUCCCCUCAUUUCCCAUCCAUCAUCCGCCUAGGGUUGGGCUGAUCUCGACAUAUUUGGCUGGAGAUUCUGAUAAAUCUCUCUAAAAAUGGGUUUUUCUCCGGACAAAAAAGUAGGAAACUAAACAUAUAUGUUCUUAAUUUCCUACCCAGAUUGCUGAAAUCUUCCUCUAUUGUGAACACGGAGUACAUCUGACUUCUUCGAUAGAUCUGCAUUUCAUCUAAGUUCUUAAAUGCAUUUCAUGGAAACCGACUUUCAUGUAAAGAAUUUCUUCAGAUGAGACUCCAAUUCACGAGAAACUCGCAUCAUAUUUUACGAUAGUAACCAUUGGGCUCCAGAUGCAUGACAUAAUGACCUGUGUUCUUCAAUAAAUAUUAAAUCUUGGCCCGCCAUGGCUGCAGUGGUCGGGGACCCAGAGGGCAUAUCGAUACAUGCCGUCUUCGUCUCGAGAAUGGCUGGAGAGAUGCUGAAGACGCUCGCUCACACACAGGGCGGGCAGUGCUGCAUAAGCCCACUAACAGAGGAGGCAGCGGGCACCGUGCUGGUCAUCUCCUUCGUCUCCCUCGUCGUCAUAGUAUCGGUUGUGGCGACCUUCAUCUUUGCCCGGAACUGCCGGCCUCAUCGGCACAGGGCGCACAGCCACCCCCCGAGUAUCAGCAGACAGGAGUUGGAGGCCCUCCCCCACUUCACCUUCAAGGCUGCUUCUCUGAAUAAGCUCAUGUCCGAAACCUGCGCCAUCUGCCUGGAGGACUACAGAGAUGGGGAAACCUUAAGGGUUCUCCCCUGCCUUCACGGUGCGCGGUCUUCUUUAUCAAAGUCAAACCAUUGAUCUUCCAUUACCUGUUUAAGUAAAUGGGGUGUGAUUUUUUAUUUUAUUUUUUUCUUGCAGAAUUUCAUUCAGUCUGCGUUGACUCAUGGCUGCUGAUGUGGGGAACGUUCUGCCCGGUGUGCAAGCAUGAAAUGAGCACAGAGAACUGCAAUGCUUGA